AGCGCUUCCCAGCUCGAGCUGCGCGCGCCCAAAGCCGCGUCCCGGGACGCCGCGCCCUUUGGCGGGCCAUGCUCUCCGGGCUCCUGGCGGCGUGGCGCGAGCUGCGGCGGGGGCCGCGGCUGCUGCAGCAGCCGCUGGGCCAGCUGCUGCUGGCCGACCUGGACCGGAUCGGCGAUGGCGCCGCUGCAGUUCGGGAGCUGGCGGAAAGGCUGCCGCAGGUUGAGGAGGAGGAUGGCUGGGAGCUGGUUGAGGAGCUCAUGGUGGAGGUGUUCCCGGAGGCGCUGGUUUCAGAGUCCUGGCUGGAGACGCUGCUGCGGGUGGUGCGCACCCACAGCUGCGGCCGGAAGCCAGGCGGCUUUUUCUCGGACACCCACGUGGCCGCGCUUGAGAUGCUUCUGGAAGCGCCGCGGCCACUCCGCGAGAUCCCGCCAGCCCAGUGGCAGCGGAUGAGAGCGGACGACCCGCAGAUGCUGCAAGACAUCCAGUCUUGUGAGGCGCUUUAUGGCACAGAUGCAGUUGCCAAGCGCGCAGACCGCGUGGAGAUCAAGAUUGAGGAAGUGCUUGUCAUCUACCGCUUCGACUCUCUAGACCCCAAGCGAGUAGAGGUCCGGGCGAAGAGCACCGGCGAUGAGCUGGUGACCCAAGCAGCCCUUUGGCUGGUGCAGAGUUUUUCUGGCGCCCUGGCGCUGUCGGACGCUGUGCAGCUGGCGCGCGGUCGCGCUGAGGCAUCUGCGCCGGAGCCGCGCAGUGCCCUGUUGCUGGCGACCCCCAGCUGUCGAUGGCUGGGUCUGCAGCAGGAGACCGCCGGGGUGCCGCUGGAUUUCGUCAGCCCAAAGCAGGCGGCGAGCCAAGCAUCCCGGAUGAUCCAGAAGUAUUUGACCAGUCACAAAGUUUUUCAGCCCGCAGGCAACGCAGAAACCGUGGUGAAUGAGAGGCUGGCCGAGCGCUUCGCAGAGAAGCUGGAGCAGAUGCGCAUCGGAUCUGGGAGCUUUGUGACGCCCUCACUGGUCUUCCACGGCGCAGGUUCUCAGGAGGUGCUGCGCAGCAUUUGCCGCCGCGGCUUCCUGAUGCCCGGCGACUGGAUCGAAGGCACGCCGGACUUCCUGGAGAUGGAGCAUGGCAAUGUGAAAGGCGUGGGCGUCUACACCUCGCCCUGCCUGGACACCGCGGCGAGGUACGGCGGCAUCGAGGACUCCGAGGGUCGAGGCCUGGUGCUGGUGGCGCUGGCGGCGCCCGGGUGCUGCUGGCACGAGAAGAGUCGCCAGAAGACACAAGAAACGAUCCGCAGCUGGUUCUUCCCGUCCGGAGACGUGAAGGUCGGCACUCAGCACGGCGGCUGGGUCUGGCAGGGCGAUGCCUGGCACCCGACCGGCGCAGGGACGUCCCUGACUCCGGACUUCGCCUUUGCGCCGGUCGAGGCGCUGUAUGAUGGCCGCUACCACAGCCGCCGGUACGGCAUCGGAACUCAGGUGUCGGAAGAGCUCGUGCUGGCCUCGGUGGAUCAACUGCUGCCCCUGCUGCUGGUGCCCUUCGCCCGACGUGAUGCGGCGCCCCCUGCGAAACCGCUGCCGCGGCUGCCUGGGCUAAAGGGCCCCGGUCAGGGCCGCCGACAUGCGCUCAUGGGCUCGCGGAUCUACGCGUAUCCCAGCGAGCCCCUGCCCGAGCGCGAGCUCACGUGCUCCAAGUUGCUGGCGGCAGCCGCGCCGGAGGAGGAGCUGUGGGCCUUGCACUUGCCCAAAGGCGAGAAAAGGCGCGGCAAGGAGCUGAACGUGAUCUUCCUGGUGGAUGAGGCCUUGGGUGCCUCCGAGUUCAAGGCAGAGGUGCUCACCCUGCUCAGCGCCAUCGGCGGGCAACUUCAGGCGCCGGCCGCUGCUGCCACGUUCAACCGCCAGGGCAUUGUCCAAGCUGGCUGUGUGCCCUUCCUGCCCAGCGACGCCGCUCAUGCCAGCUUUGCCUCGCGCUGGCCCCGCAAGGGGUGUGAAGGUGCUGGGGAUUUGGCUGCCGCCCUGCAGCAUGUCACGGACAUGGCCAUCUCCAAGUUGGUGAAGGACACGGAGCGGCGGCUGCAGCAGGCGGCUUCGCCCUGGGCGCAGCUGGCCGCAGGGCAUCAGCUGGUGACCAGCGUCGGCCGCACGGAAACCGCGGCCACGGUGACGGAGGUCUCCUUCGAAGGCCUCAAGCCAAGCAGCCUGGAGGUGCUGUGGCAUGGCAAGGCGCAGAAGUCCAAGCGGCUGUGCGUCGUGAACGGGGAUGUGCCGGUUCUGCGGGUAGAGUUCGAGGAGGGCGAGGUGGACUUCCUUCCCCCGGCGAAGCUGCGCUGGGGCCUUGACCCCGGCGACGUGGCCGCGGAGAUGCACUUCGCGGUCUUCGUGCUUUCGCCCUUCACGGCGAAAGAUCAAGCCUCUGGCGGCUCACUGGCGAGGUUGGAGACCACGGUGCAGGACUGCGGCCUGCAGCUUCACUGCUCCGGCUGCCGCACCAGCGUGAUCCCCCUGGUGCUGGGCGGCGAUGCCUCCGGCGCGCGCCUGGCCGCCUUCGUGCAGACCUCGUCGAAUGCGUCGGGGGAGUGGUGGAUGCCGUUCUACGGGGCGGAGACGAGGGCGGAGGUGCCGGGGUUGCUGGAGCAACUGCAGCAGGAUAUGAGCACGUGGACGGCGCACUGGUCCGAGGGCACGCAGGGUUUGGUGACGCUGGGCCCAGCUGCGGCGAAGUUGGGCCAGGGCUUCCUGGGAUCGGCGCUGGGCGCGUCGCAGCCCACCUGGGAGCUGCGCCUGCAGUCGCCCAGCGGCGAGGCCGGCGAACUCCUGCAGGGGCAAUGCGUCUUGUACAAGGGUGAGCUCCCGCGCCGGGAUGUUUGGGUGGACGGGGAGGAGUACCGCUUGGUGGAUCCGCGCCCGGCCUUGAGGGAGCCGGGCUGGCGGCUGAACCUGGAGAUGGCCUAUGCGCUGGAGAUGAUGGCCCAACAGCUCCGCUCCAGCUCUUUGGCGUCGCUAGGCUCGACCCGGUCUCAAAUCGUCGACUGGGUGGCGAAGAUGCGGAAGAUGGCCCUGGAGCUGGAGCCGCCGCCGCUCGUCAAGCAGGAGCUGGAGGCUUGGCGCAGGCUGCCGCCCCCGGAGCUUGCAGGGCAGGUGGCCCGGCUGCGGGGCCUCACCUGCAGCCUCCAGCGCCUGGCCAACUCCUUGGACGAGGCCGCGGAGCUGCAGCGCGCCGCGGAGCAGGAACCCUCCAGCGCUGCCUGGCUGCGCCGCGCCUCGGAGAUGAAGUACGGUGCCAAGGCCCUCCAACGUGCCAAGAUCGACCCCCCGGAGGAUCACCAGGACCAGUGGUGCCAACAACUGGAGACAUUGACCGAGCUGGACAUCUCUGGAGUGGGUGGGCCGAUCUCCAUGUUGACUGGCUGCUCAAGCCUGGAGCACCUUAGAGAAAUGCAGAAGCUGGCGCCGGAGCUCAAGAAGCUGCGGCCCCAGGAGGCGGUCUACGCCUCCGGCGCCGUGGGGCUGCAGCUGCGCUGCCGCCGCAGCGACGCCGCGGAGGUGGAGCCCUGGCUUCUCUUGGUGGAGCAUGUCGCUGUGUCCUGGGCCGACACUGCCAGUGCAGCCCUGAGCUUGGACGCGGGCCACAAGCUCCGCGACGCCGCCGGCGAGGAGGCGCCGGAUGUGGCCGUCCUGGCGUUCUCGCCCCAGGAAGCUUAUCGAUGGUUCAUACACUCCGCCAUGCACAAGAGCUACCUGGGGAUGGUCUUUGCGCGAAACCCUUUGUGCCAGGUGCCAGGCCAGCACAUGGCGCUGCCGGUGAUCCUCUGGGUGAAGACGGCGGAGCUUCUCAUCGGCCGCGCGCCCCGGGACCGCGCAGGCGAAGUGCCGCCGCAGGAGGCUGACUGGUUCCGAGCGAUGCUGCGAAUCCACUUGGAGGCUUCCAAGACAGCGCAGCAUUUGGUGCAAGGAAGAGGCUCCUUCGAAGUGCUGGCAGAUGCACUGGCGUCGGCGGAUCCCACCGGAGCGCUCACGGAGGCAGAAGGAGGUCCGCAGUCCGUCUGCUUGGCGCUGGCUGCCUGCUGCUUCAGCAAGAAGGCGCAGCCUGCCUUCUGGGGCAAGCGCAGCCUGGAGAGAACGAGCUCCUUGACAUUGCAGCGUGCCAACUCUCGGACCCUCACUCCCGAUGCCGUUAAAGACGAGGAUCCGGCUGCAUGGCCGCGGCGUUUGCGCACCUUGGCUCUGGCGAUGAUGGCCGAGGCCGUGUCGCGAGCCUGCCGGCGGCUGGUGCGCUCGCUAUGCAGCACGACUGGAGACUCCGAGGCCCAGGUCUCCAAGAAGCUGCUUUGGGAUGCUCUUGGUCUGCAUGGCUCCGUCGCUGAGGUGGAACCGGAGGGGCAACUGGACGAUCCGAAGCUGGCGAAGCUUGAAGGUCACUCCGAUGACUGCGACAUCGCUCACGUCCAGCGACGCUCCGCUCUGCUCUUUGCCCCUCAGGGGAAGUACUUCCAGGUCGCGCUGACGAACUGCACGCCGCAGGGCAUAGUGGGAACUCUCAUGAUCCACAUGGCCUGCAUGCUGCAGAAAGCGGAUGGCGAUGAGUUGGUUGAAAAGCUUAUGCAGCAGUUCUUUCAACGGGAUAUUUCCAUGAAGGCCUUCAUCGAGGCAGUGCUGCCCGGGGACGUCUCCCCCGGCGCCGUGCAGGCGGCGCUCUACGCGCAGGGCCUCCGCUACUUCAGCGCCUCGAGCGAUCGAUGGAUCGAUGGAUCGAGCGAGCCGCCGGUUGGGGUCAAAUCGCGAGCAGACCCCAGGCUUUCAGUGGGUAGUGGGUGA